AUGUUUGCUUCCAGAUUAGCUAGAGUACCCAAGUGUGCUUCACGCAGAUUCAUAUCGAGCACCGCCUCAAGCGGAAGGCAGUCAGCGUUGCGCCAAUUGCUCAAGCAGCCCAUUUUCAAGUCGAUCUUUCUCACACUUCUCUUUGGAUCGGUGACCAUAGAUCUAAUGAGGAAUAAGAAAAACCUCGAAGCUAUGGAAAGUAGCUACAGGUCUAAGAUAACCAUUCUCGAGGAUAUCGUCACCAAAUUACAGAACAACGAGAGUGUGAACAUAGCGCAAGAGUUGAAAUUGGCGAAUGCAUUGACAAAGAACAGGUACAACUCAGUGACGGAUAUUGAGUUCGACAAGCAGUUGGAGAAUUUCAUGAUAGAUUUGAGCCAGAAUAAAGAAAACACGACAAAUAGUAAAGAAGAAAGGAAAGAAGAGAGUCAUGCAACAAAGAAAGCAACUAUAAAGGAAACUAACGCAGUAGCUGGCCAGGGAGAAGAGCAGGUCGUAUUGGCUCCAGUUCCAGAAAAGAGGGUCGAAAUCAAGAGACAGCCAUUCACUAGUGAAGCUAAGCAGAGGGAGACCUCGAAGUUCCUUUGA